AUGCGACUUAGCCACACUAUGGAAAAGAACAUCUGCUAUCGGCAACGAAGGAGAAAAGAAGUCGUCUAUGACGAUUGCAUACUCGAGGACUCCUUGUCCCAAACUGACUGGCACAUCGAGGAGGACCCAAACGUGGACUACGAGAUGCUGCUCAGAGGAUUACGAGCCUGUGCUGAAUGUGCCUCGAAGCCGACCAAGACCACCAAGGAAUUAUUGGAAAGAAGAACAGCUUUGAGGCUUGAUCCGAACAUUGAGCGGUUAGUAGCAAACACUAGCUGCAGAAAAGCGUUGCAGGAGGAUCUUUUGAAAUACAUUCAGAAGAAGAUUCUGGAAGCAGCGCAAAGAAGAACGAGUAUAAAGAAGUGCCGCAGGGAUCUCCGCGAAUAUAAUAUUCCGCUAGCAACCUUGCUGAGCGAAGACGGGAUUCGCACGUCUUCUCGUCGUGAGAUGGGAAUCAUUACGGAGAGGUUCUAG